AUGGCCAUGGAAGCGGUGGACUACACAAUCAAGCCGGAGGCUUCAACCUCCAACAUUAGCACGGAAGACUGGCCGCUGCUGCUCAAAAAUUAUGAGAAGCUUAUGGUCAGGACUGGACAUUUCACUCCCAUUCCCGCCGGAUCCUCUCCCCUCAAGCGAGACUUGAAAUCGUACAUAAAUUCCGGUGUUAUCAACCUCGAUAAGCCCUCAAACCCGUCCAGUCAUGAAGUUGUUGCUUGGAUGAAGAGAAUACUGAGGGCGGAAAAGACUGGGCACAGCGGUACACUUGAUCCCAAGGUCACUGGUUGCUUGAUUGUUUGCAUUGAUCGUGCUACUCGUUUGGUCAAAUCCCAGCAAGGUGCCGGAAAAGAGUAUGUUUGUGUUAUCCGCCUCCACGACAGAAUUCCUGGUGGAGAGGCUCAAUUCAAGCGCGCCCUCGAAACUCUCACAGGUGCUCUCUUCCAGCGCCCACCUUUGAUUUCUGCAGUCAAGCGCCAGCUUCGCAUCAGGACAAUCCAUGAGAGCAAGCUCUACGAGUUCGACAAUGAUAGGCACCUUGGUGUUUUCUGGGUCAGCUGUGAAGCUGGUACUUAUAUCCGUACCCUCUGUGUUCAUCUUGGACUUCUUCUUGGUGUUGGCGCGCACAUGCAGGAACUGAGACGUGUGCGAAGUGGAGCUAUGGAUGAAAACAAGGGCAUGGUCACCCUGCACGACGUCUUGGAUGCCCAAUGGCUAUACGAUAAUCAACGAGAUGAAACCUACCUGCGCAAAGUCAUCAAGCCCUUAGAGUCUCUUCUCACAACUUACAAGCGUAUCGUCGUGAAGGACAGUGCAGUGAACGCCGUUUGCUACGGUGCUAAACUUAUGAUUCCCGGUCUCCUGCGUUUUGAGUCCAAUAUCGAGCUCGGUGAGGAGGUUGUGCUUAUGACCACCAAGGGUGAGGCUAUCGCAAUCGGCAUUGCCCAGAUGUCAACCGUGGAACUUUCUACCUGCGACCACGGCGUCGUUGCCAAGGUUAAACGUUGUAUCAUGGAACGUGACCUGUACCCUCGCAGGUGGGGGUUGGGUCCUGUUGCGUUAGAAAAGAAGAAGCUCAAGUCGUCCGGAAAACUUGACAAAUACGGACGAAUGAAUGAAGCCACCCCGGCCAAAUGGAAGACCGACUACAAGGAUUAUAGCGCACCAGAAGAAGACUCUGCACAACCCGCUGUUGAUGUGGCUGCCAAGCAAGACGUCGCGCCCAAGGAAGAAUCCUCGCCUGAGCAAAACGAUUCUAAGAUGGAGAUUGAUGACUCCAAGGAGGACGAUGAGAAGAAAAAGCGCAAGCGACAUGAAGGCGAAACUGCUGAAGAGCGCGCUGAGCGUAAGCGCAAGAAGAAGGAGAAGAAGGAGAAGAAGGAGCGAAGGAAGUCCAAGCAGGAGAAGGAUGACAGCGACGAGAGUGAUUAA